AUGGAUACUAGUAAAUUUCGGAUCAAUAAUAACUGUCAACUCGACCUGUGGUCAAGUUGGUCCAGAGCCUUAUUGUUAUCCUCAUUGACUCGAGACAAUGAAUGUGGUGUUUGUGAUGCGACCAGUCUAAAUCCCGAUAGACGACAUCCGAUAUCAAAUGUUAUCGAUGGUACAAAGACAUUGAAACAGUUUAUGAAGGCUCGAUUCAUACGAUUACGAUUACAAAAGGUUUCGGUUCCAUGGGAUGAGAAGAAUUUGUUUUCAUAUUCAGAUCGAUUCAAUUUAACAUCGGCUAAUCAGCUUUAUUAUACUUUACAAAAUAUUGAGAUUAUUGGUCAAUGUAUUUGUAAUGGUCACGCAAGAGCUUGUCCAGUGGAUCGAGCAACUUUACUUCGUAAAUGUGAUUGUCUUCAUAAUACUUGUGGCGAUAAUUGUGAAAAGUGUUGUCCAUUAUUCAAUCAACGACCAUAUCGUCAGGCAACCAAACGAAAUAUCGCAAUUUGUGAAGCUUGUCAAUGUCAUGGACAUUCAAGUGAAUGUAUUUACGAUAAAAAUGUCGAUUCUCGUAAUGGAAGUGUCAAUGUUCAUGGCCUUAGAUCGGGCGGAGGUGUUUGUAUAAAUUGUCAAUCUCAUACAACAAACAAUUGUGAUCAAUGUGAAGAUGGAUAUUUCCGUCCAGGUAAAGGAUUGAGUUCCUCAAGUAGCUCGAUUAAUAAUGAGACUGCCCCAUGUCGACCAUGUCAAUGUCGAGGUCGAGGAACUACCGAAUAUUGUAUAAAGGACAGUAGCCAUGUUCUAACGGGACUGGAAGCGGGUGAUUGCAUUUGCAAGAAAGGAUUCCAAGGUAAAUACUGUGACUCUUGUGCUCCAGGUUAUCGCAAUUAUCCAAGGUGUGACUCGUGUCAUUGUAACGGAGCGGGAGUCGUAAACCCUGAGGCUUGUGAUGGUCCAACGUGUGUAUGCAAGGCCAAUGUCGAAGGGAAUCGAUGUGACCGAUGUAAAGCAGGUUACUUUGAUCUAUCGGCGGACAAUCCCGAUGGAUGUGCCCCGUGUUUCUGUUUCGGUGCGACAUCUUCGUGUAAAUCCUCCGAUUGGGGAGUUGAGGUGAUCUCAUCUCUCGCUCACCUGGAAGCUUGGAAAGUAUCAGAUUUCUCUGGCAAGAAAGUGGUCACUCCAACACGAAAAUCUGAACACUUGGUGAUCGCUGAUGACGACAUGCAGCCAAUGUCUUCACCUUACUAUUGGAUGGCUCCUGAUUCUUACCUUGGUGAGAAACUUUACUCUUACGGGGGUGACCUGAGGUUCAUGAUUGGAUACACGGUGUUGAGAGGAGACACUUCCGGUUACUACACUGAAGAUGCGGACAUUAUUCUGGACGGUGGACCGGAAAAUGUGAUGAGAAUUGGUUACAACUGGAAGAGAUAUGACAAAAAUGAGAACGAGGAUAAAGUGACUUUGACUUUACCUUUGCGAGAAAACGGUUGGUACAUUUUGGACGGUGAUGGACGUCGAGUGAGACCAGUGUCUCGAGAAGAGUUCACUUUGGUUCUGUACAAUUUACGGAACAUGUUGAUUCGAGCCAAGUUCCACACGGACCAGAUCGAAGGGUCCAUGUACAAUGUCGAGAUGGAACAAGCAUCGAAAGACUCAAAGUCUCUGAACAAACAAACUGGAGCGGAGUCUUGUGAUUGUCCCGAGGGUUACAUGGGACUAUCGUGUUUAGAGUGUGCACCAGGUUACCGAAGGGUGAACAAUAUUCUGGUCGGAGGUCGAUGUGAGAAGUGCAAUUGUAACAAUCACGCGGAAUCUUGUGACCCUUUCACCGGUGAAUGUUCAGAGUGUCUACACAACACGGAAGGUACAGGUUGUUCCAAGUGUAAGAAAGGUUAUUAUGGUGAUCCGACUCGUGGAACACCGGAAGACUGUAAGCCGUGUGCAUGUCCAUUGACCUUGAGUUCGAACAACUUUUCACCGACUUGUGUCCUCACGGAAAAAGGAGACGAUUACAUUUGCGACGCUUGUAUCGAGCCUUAUGCUGGAGACAAGUGUGAAAUCUGUAAGCAGGGUUAUUAUGGUGAUCCAAGUGUUCCUGGGGGGUGUCUCCCCUGCGAGUGUGGUCCAAAUGUGGACACUUCAGUGGUUGGAGGUUGUGAUUCACGAACUGGACAAUGUCGAUGUGCGGCCAAUACGACUGGAUGGAAGUGCGAUCAAUGUUUACCUCAUCAUUGGGGUAAUCCAAGUUUGGGUGAUUGUAAACCUUGUAACUGUGAUUUGUCAGGAUCGAAUGACCCUCAAUGUGACCCAAAGACUGGUCAGUGUUCAUGUAAGCCCAAUUUCACUGGUCGAUUGUGUGAUCGAUGUGCUGUUGGUCAUGGGAAUCCUGAAUUGGGAUGUCCAGCAUGUAAUUGUAAUGGAAUUGGUUCAUCUUCGUCUGAUUGUGAUCCAAUUACUGGUCAGUGUCAUUGUAAACCAGGAAUAUUUGGUCAACACUGUUCCCAUUGUCUCGAAGGUUAUUAUGGAUUCUCAGUUCGAGGUUGUCUUCCUUGUGAUUGUCAUCCAAAAGGAUCAGAAGGAAAAAGUUGUGAUGAAAUAAGUGGUCAAUGUAAAUGUAAACCAUUCGUUGAAGGAAGAGCUUGUGAUCGAUGUCGAUCUGGAUUCUGGAAUCUUGAUUCAGGAAAAGGAUGUUCACCUUGUGAUUGUAAUCCAAUUGGAUCAACAUCAUCAAUUUGUGAUCAAUUAACUGGACAAUGUGAAUGUAAACCAGGAAUCGGAGGUUCUAAAUGUGACUCGUGUAAAAGUGGAUUCUAUGGAUUCUCACCCAGUGGAUGUCAAAAGUGUGACCAAUGUUACGAAGCGAAUCACAUUUGUAACCCAGAAACGGGUCGAUGUGAAUGUCCUCCCAACACUGCGGGUCGAGAUUGUCGUGAUUGUGCUCCGGGUACUUAUGGACUGGACAUUGUCGAAGGUUGCAAAGCUUGUGAAUGUGAUAUCCAAGGAUCGGUUAAUAACCAGUGUCACAAUAAAACGGGAGAAUGUGUUUGUUUAGAAGGAUUCGAAGGCAAAGACUGUUCUAAAUGUCGAUUGAUAUUAUCGAUUUCAAAUUGUCGUCGAUGUGAUUGUCAUCCACCCGGAAGCUUAGAUUCUUCUUGUAAACUUGACCUGAGAUCGGUAAUUGGACUAAGUGAUCCAGAGACUAUUUGUCAAUGUGAUGAGACUGGACAAUGUUCGUGCAAAGGGAACACAAUGGGACGACGAUGUGAUCGAUGUAAAGACGCGACAUUUUCUCUUUCGGCGAUGAAUCCACUUGGAUGUUUCAGUUGCUUUUGUUUCGAGAAAACUUCUCGAUGUGAACAAUCAUCAUUAACUUGGACAACAAUCACCAGCGCACCGAAAGAAGUGACCUUUGGAAUAAGUGGACAAUCAGCGGAAUUAAAAAUGGGCUAUAAUGUGAUUCCUGAUUCUUCAGAUUCGAAACAAGUGAUUGGAAGCAAUUACAUUUCUGAUCAACCUUAUUAUUGGCAAUUACCAAAAGAAUUUAUUGGAGAUAAAGUUAAUUCUUACAAUGGUUUUCUCUCAUUUCGAAUUCAAUCUCGUCAAGAUUCUCGAUUCCCUGAUUCGGUUCUCAAUCGUUAUCCUUUAUUCAUCAUUCAAGGAAACCAAAGACUCGUUUUACACCAUUUCGAUAAAGAAUCGUCUUUAUCUCUAUCAGCAUCAUCUUCUUCAUCUUCUUCAUCUUCUUCGACAUCUUAUUUGGGUGAAUUUUACAAGAUUCAACUUCACGAAUCGUCUUUUAUUCUUGCCGAAAAUCCAGGACUUGAAGUAACUCGAAAACAUUUGAUGAUUGCUCUUCAAAAAGUUCAGAAUAUUCUGAUUCGAGCUUCAUCUGGACCCGAUGUACAAUCAGCCCGUUUAACCGACGUGACUCUUGAUGUUGCUGAGGAUCUGAGAGUUCUGAACUCGGUGCCAGUUAAUUUCACCGCCAUUGGAGUUGAACAAUGUUUCUGUCCACCCCAAUAUCGAGGUGCAUCUUGUCAAGAUCCAAAUAUUGGUUAUUAUCGGAAAAGGAAACCCAAUUAUCUUGAUUCCCGUGAUUACAUUGAUCUAGUUGGGUGGGCAGAACCUUGUCCAUGUAACAAUCGAUCUCGAAGUUGUGAUCCAGAGACUGGACAUUGUUACAAUUGUACCGAUAACACUGCAGGUCCUUUUUGUAAUGUUUGUGCUUCCGGAUACUUUGGUGAUCCAACCCAAGGGAUACCUUGUAUUCCUUGUCAAUGUCCACUUCCUGGUCACUCGUUUGCUGAGACCUGUGAAUCUCGGCCUGGAGGUGAUUACGUUUGUUCAGAUUGUGCGACAGGUUAUACUGGUUCUCGUUGUGAAAAGUGUGAUGUCGGAUAUUAUGGUGAUCCAAUGGCUCGGGAGUUUUGUCUUCCAUGUUCAUGUUCACCUUAUGGAUCAUUUGGAUCAAGUUGUGACCCUCGAACUGGUCAGUGUGCUUGCAAAGAGGGUUUUCGAGGUCGCGAUUGUUCAAUUUGUUUACCUCGUCAUGUGCAAACUGAAUCGGGUUGUCUUGAUUGCGAUGGUCCAUGUACUGGAUUAUUGCUCGAUGAUUUGGACUCAAUUAACGCGACAUUGGCCGAAUUACCAACCACCGAUUGGGGAAAUUUACCUUACACUAAAUUCUUGCAUUUAUUGUCCAAGUACAAACAUUUUCUCAACACUUUGCAACGACAAUCGAUCCUAAUCGACGAAGGUAAAGGAAUCCUUUAUAAUGUGACUUCCAAUUUCGACCUGGAAACAUUGGUCGAUAUGCUUUAUAUUCGAACAGUGAGUUUGGAAGCGAAAUUACCGAUGAUUGUGGAAGAGACCAAAUUGAUUGGUGACGAUGCUGAAAAUCUUCUCGAUUAUAUAAAUGAUCUACUUUAUGAUUUGAGACGAAUUAUUGAUGCUCUUCGAAAAUUUGGAAUGGACGAUGGAAAAGGAGGAUUCUCUUUGGAACGACAUCUUUUCCGUGCUGAACAAAUUAUCGCCGAAUUGAAUUUGAAAAACUAUCGACCUCGACUCGAUGAAGCCUCAAGAGAGAAUCGAUUGUCAAAGACUUUACUUGAAAAGAUAAUUGGUCUUCUUAGAUCACCGAAUGUUGAUCGAGAUUUCCGAAAGAGAUUAGAUCGAUUGCAGCAAAGAUUAUCAGAGAUUUUCAACAUUGUUCAAACUCGAGUACAAAGACCAGUCCAGUUAACAUUGAAUCGAAUCAACGAAGGACAAAGAAUUCGUGAUCGAGUGAUUGAAGUUCUAAGGAUCAGUUCUGGUCAUGCAUCUCAAGCCAAUUCCAGUUUGAUUGAAGCUGCUCGACUAAUUAAUGCCGCUCGUGGAAUGUUGAUCGAUGUGACUGUACGACAUGGACUAGUUCCUGGUUUAGAACGGGAUCUAAGAAAUGCCACAUUGGCUUUGGAACACUUGAGGUCAACUUUGUCGAGAUUGAACCCGAAUAUACUGUCAAAUAUGUGGAACCAUGAGCAGAAAGAGAUGAUUUGUGUGAAAUCUUAUCGAUCACCAACUCAACCAUCGGCCACGAACACAAUUAGUCUUAACUACGCAAUCAAAGAAGAUGUUCCUAAUUCGUUGAUUUUGUUCAUAUCGAAUACAAACUCUGAUUUCAUGGCAUUGGAAAUGAUCAAUAGACGAAUUCGGUUUACAUGGAAUACAGGAAGUGGAUCUAAAUCAUUGGAACAUCCGACAAUCAUUGAAUCCAAUGACGGGAACUUGUUACGAUCUCGACACUGGUACAAGAUUGAAAUGAACCGAGUCAACAAUUUAGUGACUUUAAGUGUCCAACCAUCAACAGAAGCACAUAAAGGAGACACUCAUGAAGUAACGGGAUCAUCUGACCCUAAAUCAUGUAAAAUGGACUUGGAUGGGAACGCGAACCUGUUUAUCGGCGGUCUACCGGAUAACUUUGAAGCUCCGACCAUAAUGAAGACCCGACGAUUCACCGGCUGUUUGUACGAAGUUUAUCUAGAUGAUCAACGAAUUGGCCUUUGGAACUUUAAAACCUCACAAGGAUGUCGAGGUUGCAUGGAAGGUGUGACCGAACUCAUUGAUCCAGGAACAUUCCAGUUCAAAGGUGAAGGUUCUUAUGCUACAAUGGAUCAGAUCCAAAGAUAUGACAGAGAAAAGUAUAUCGUCGCUCUGCAAUUCAGAUCAUUUGAUGAAGACGCGAUCAUCUUUUUCUCGGGCAACCCAGACACUGGAGAUUUCGUGUCCAUUUCCCUUCAAGACGGGCGAGUAUUGUACCAAUUUAAUCUUGGAUCUGGAUCACGAUUACAAUUAAGAUCUCGGGAGAGAUACAAUAAUGGACAGUGGGUUCGAUUGGCUGCUGAAAGAGAUCGAUGGUUGGGAGUUUUAUCGGUAGAAGAUGAAGUUCUUGAAGGAAGUGCUCCUCAAGGUCAAAGUCAAUUGGAUCUCAAUCAUGUCCCAAUUUACUUUGGUGGAGUGACCCCUAAUUUCACUCAAGAUCUUUGGACACUCAAUACAUUCAAACACUUCCUGGGAUGUAUGAAAGAUGUUCAGAUCGAUACAACUCCAUUGAAUUUACUGAGCAUUGAGAAUUACGGUGUAAUUCCGGGUUGUAGAGAUCGAACCUCUCGAAUUGUCAAGUUCACAGGUCAAGGUUACUUGGAAUUGAAUAGUCGACCUCUUGGAGAAGAGAGCGACUUUAGUUUCACCUUUAAAACAAACCAAUCGGAAACUCUACUGAUUAUGUCCACUUUCCAAGGGAAAACUAAAAAGGCUCGAGAUUAUCACUACUAUUCAGUGGCAGUGAUCGGAGGUCUUCUUGAGGCUCGUUUCAAUGGAGGUUCGGGUGAAACUUUACUUAUAUCAGAGGUCCGAGUGAACGAUGGUGCUUUCCAUACAGUCACCAUAUCGAAAAGAAAUCGAAAAAUCUCUUUGAAUAUGGAUGAUCAUGAAGUGGCUGUAUCUCGAUUGGCCAAGGGAACCAAUUCCAUUGAAGGUCCAGCUAAUGGUGGACUUUAUCUCGGUGGACUUUCGGAAGGAAUGACACUUCGAGGAAUGGCUGGAACAAAGGAACGAUUAAUUGGUGUGAUUCGUGAUUUUGUCUUUAAUGGAGCGAUUGUUAAAAUGAACGAACCAACAAAUUUCAAAGGAAUUGGUAUUGGACGAGGUCAAUAACCAAUCAAUAUAAUCAAAUUAGUUAAUUUUCAUAUAUAAAUAAUACAAAUGUUUACCUUUUUUUACAUUUCUAAUCAAACAAAAUAAUUCAACAUUUACAUUAAAC